AUGUCUGAUAAACUCGAUCGUAGCCUUGACGAGCUUCUAGAGGAAAAGCGGUCUGCUAACCCUGAGCUUGGGCAGCCCUCGAAUAGAAACAGACGGACCGGCGGCGGUAACAGGCCAGGUCGAAGACAAGAUCGAGACCGUCAGGAUUCGUAUCCUCGCGACGGCGUUAGAAAGUCAUAUAAUCGCGACGAGCCUAGGAAUAUCGAUAGCGAAUGGGUUCAUGACAAGUUUGAAGAACAAGACUAUCGUCACGCACCCGCUCCUCGCCGCCGACGCGAACCGGCGAAUACCGCAUCAAGCGAUUCACAAGGUGGUGCAAAGCUCCGUGUUGAGAACAUCCACUAUGACCUAAGUGAAGGCGAGCUCGAGGAUCUCUUUAGCAAGAUAGGGCCAGUCGCUAGGUUUAAUCUUUGCUACGAUCGAGCAGGGCGUUCGGAAGGUGUCGCGUUCGUCACGUAUCAAUACCGAGAUGAUGCUGUCACAGCGAUCCGAGAAUACGAUGGCGCGAAUGCUAAUGGUCAACCGAUCCGUCUGACACUGUUACCAAGCGAUGCCGGCCGGAGUAGGCGCAACCCUUUCGAUACCGCCGUGAUGCCUAGUCGUCCUCUUGCCGAAAGAAUCACUGCGCCGGGAGACCGAGAUCGGUCCCUUUCUCCAAUUCGUCGUCUCGAGGAGGAAGCGGCGAGGAAAGGCAUCGACAGAUACGUUCCCGGGGGAAGCGGUAGCCGUUCCAGGAGUCCUAUGCGCCCGCGACGAGGUGGUGGCCGUAGACCCGGAGCACGACGUGAUGCCCCCCGAGACCAAGAUACCCGUGGCGGCCAGAGAUCGGGUGGUCGUCCUAGGAAAACCCAGGAGGAGCUAGAUGCCGAGAUGGACGAUUACUUCAACGCUGGGCAAGCUGCUCAGUCAUCCGCGGCAACUGCUCAUUCUGAACAUAUUGAUGAUAUCGACAUGAUUGAGUGA